AUGCCUCCAAAAUCUGAAAAACAUUGCGAAGAUCAUUUUCAAAAUCCAAAACUUUACACACCAUACCGAAAUAGAUUAUCUCCACUGUUCAGAUGGCGUGCUGCUGUUACUGCUCUCUAUCAAUAUACGGAUAUUAAACUUUCAAUUAAUCCAACUUUUAUUUCAAUUAUUGGUUUCAUUGUUUCUCUAUUACUUGGCUAUCGAACUAAUACCGCUUAUGAUAGAUAUUGGGAAGGUCGUCGACUAUGGUCAACUAUGGUAGUAUCAAUACGAAACUUAGCACGUUGUAUCUGGGUAAAUGUCAAAGAAACCGAACCCAAACAUUUACUUGAGAAAAAAACUGCCAUAAAUCUUUUAUUAGGUUUUGCAAUAGCAGUUAAACAUUAUCUUCGUGAAGAAGAUGGAGUUGAUCAUCCUGAUUUAAAACCAUAUAUUACAAAUAUAAAAUCAAGUCUUCCAGCAUUUCAACCGCUUGAUAAAAAAAGUAUUUAUAAAAACCCUUCGGGUUUUAAAAAAUGGUUUUCUCGUUCUACAAGUACAAGUGAAUUAGGUGGUGAUUCUAAAAAUAUUGUUAAUCAUAAUUUACCACUUGAAAUCUCUUUUUAUUUAUCUUCAUAUAUUAGACAACAAAAAAUUAAUAAUUCUACUGAUGAUGCAACUAUAGGUAUCAUGUAUAGCAAUUUAUGUACUCUUACUGAUUGUUUAUCAAGUUUAGAAAGAGUUCUUAGAUCUCCUAUUCCCCUUGCUUAUUCAAUUCACUUGGCUCAAACUACUUGGUUAUAUUGUUUGAGUCUUCCAUUUCAAUUGGUUUCUGAUAAUGGUUGGAUCACUGUGCUUAUAACUUUUUUUGGUACUUUAACUUUAUUGGGUGUUGAAGCGAUAGCAAGUGAAAUUGAAAAUCCUUUUGGUAAAGAUGAAAAUGAUUUAGAUCUUGAUGAUUUUUGUGGAAUUCUUAAAUUAGAGCUUGCAAAUAUGGUGGCUCAUAAAGCUCCUUCUAUGAAUGAUUGGGUUUAUUCUUCGGAAAAUCACCCUUUUGAAACUGAUAACAUUACUGCUACCGAAGCAAAACAUUUAAAUAUAGAUGAGGUUAGAAGUAUAUUGGAAGAGGAUAAUAGAAAAUUAAGCCGUCUUUCGGAAAAACGGUCUAGAAAAAGCACUUCUGAUUCUGAUGAUUCUGAUACAUUAAAUCAAAAUGAAAUCUCUAUUCAUGUUGAUUCAUAA